CAUUUCGUGGUCAGCGGCAUACGACGCAACAAACAUUGGCUCUCAAAACAAACAAAAAUAAAAAGUUACUUACCACCGCACUUCAGCCUCUUCUCUUCCCUCGCUCUUCUGGACGACGGAACAUCUGACAGCAUCUUCAGAAUCCAAUCAAUUAGCGAAACACUGAAACAAGCGGAGAGACAAAGACAGAAGCAUUCUAACAGUGCUCUACGACCCUUUUCUUUUGAUGGGCUGAGCAUUCCUCAAAAACAACAGCAGCAAUAUUUUUUUUAGUUCAUUAAACCAUCAAGUCAUCAAUGGGGUCAUGGAGAUGUACCCCCGAUGUGAAGAUGUGUCUCUCAGACAGUCUUUUGCAAUUGGUUCCGACGUGUAUUAUCAUCUUCUCGUCUCUGGCCUUCAUAUCAGCAGAGUGUGGUCGUCAGGAUCGCAGACGACAUUUUAACCGUUUCUCGAGCGAGGUUGUUGUCCAAGGCGAGAGUCAGGCCGAUUUAGAGAUGGAAGCUGCUAACGAAAACAGGCUCAUCAAGCCGAAGCGCACUUUUUUCUUAUCUCUCCUACGAUGCCUGGGAGCGCUCGUCCAGAUUGUUCUUUUUGUAUAUCUUGCAACUGAGAAGUUGAAUGAUAUGAAAAGAAAUGGACCAGGAUCAGGAAUACCACAUAUGGACACUCCGCGGCUUGCCAUACUGGGGACACAGAUCAACGAAGAGUGGCCAUUGUGGCUUCCAGUCAUGCAUGGGAUUCUCUGGGUAUACACCUUAAUUCUUUCGAUUGUAUCGCUUCUUCACCCUCGUCUAUCCAACCCUUACAGAUUGCCUACACAUAUGGACCUCAUCUAUCUUACAACAGCAGGAGGAGGGCUAGCACAUUUCAUGAUUUACAAUUUUGGACGACCUAUCGGCCUCUGGACAUUAGAUGAUCAGAUAUCUGGUCUUUCUUCCGUGAUUUCUGGACUUUUACUCAUCGUCACUUUGGCUACAAAGCCUUUAGUUCCGCCUCAACCAAAGAAAGGACCAGAGAAACGAUCACGAGGAGUAAUCAACCCAGAGACUCGCUCAUCGCUCUAUGCAAGGAUCGCAUUCACCUGGUUGCACCCGAUGGUAAUCAAGUCUGUCAUGGGGAAGCUGCAGGAAUCCGACGUCUGGGCCAUUGAUAGGGACUUGAGAAUCAAGACUAAUUUUCAGGAGUAUCUCGAAUGCAGGAAACCAACGGUGUUCUAUACAAUGCUCCAUAUAUUUCGCCUUGAGCUGAUUCAGCAGUACCUUUGGGCACUCGCAUGGGCGGGAUUGGGUAUGGUGCCACCCUUUGUAGUCUUCAAGAUUCUUGGGUUUUCAGAAGAUGUAUCAUCGUACAACCGUAACGAAGCCAUGUUCUAUGUCGCAGCUCUCUUGACCUCCAUUAUUGCGCGCUCAGCAGUUUUACACCGGGGUCUUCAUAUGGGGCAGCGAGUCGCAACGAAGGCGAUGGGAAUGGCCAGUGGACUGAUCUAUGAAAAGGUGUCCUUGCGUAAAGAUAUGGAUCCAGCCGACUAUGACAUUACAGAUCUUCUUGCUGUAGAUGUCAAACACAUCGGAAAUGGCUGGAAACAAGUCUUCUAUGUGAUGAUUUAUCCAACGAUGUUUGUUUUGGCAACUAUACAGCUAUAUGGUUAUAUUGGUCACUCUGCCUGGGCUGGAGGGAUGGCUGUUGUCGCGUGGUACCCCAUUUCGGCCAUUGCAAGCUUCCUCUUCUCCGGACGAUUCGACGCGGUACCUCCGAAAAUGGAACGAAGCAAUGCCCUUGUGUCUGAUUUUCUGGCAAAUUUGAGAGCAAUCAAGUUUUUGUCAUGGGAGAAGAUCUUACUUUCCAAAAUCCAAAAAGCCCGCGAAGAGGAGCGAAAGCUAAAGUCGAAGACAGCUCAACCAGUUCUGGCUCUGAUCUCUGUACCUCUGGGCGGAGAUCUUGUCCACGCAUUCGUCAUAACUGUUAUUUUGACCGUAUUUUCACUUUGGUUUAAACAACUCCUGACGCCAGCCAUCUUGUUUUCAAUUCUAAUUUUGGUUGAUAUUCAAACACAGGCAAUCAAUUCAUUGCCCUCUGCAAUUAUCAUUAUUAAGGAGAUGCUGGACUCAGUGGUCCGAGUGAAUGACUUUUUGAGUGACGAAGAGAAUGAUCGCGACACCGCCAUUAUCAGAGACAGGGAGAUGGCCCGAAGGGCUAAUAUUCCCAUCAUUGGAUUUGUGAAUGCAUCGUUUGUCUGGCCUGUAGCUAAAUCAGCUAGACACAAUAAUGAGCCUCUCUUUGUCGAGGAACCUGAAGAUGAAGGAAAUGACGAAAGCAAUAGACAGGCCCGUGGAGAUUCUCAGAGGAAGACUAACCGUGCAAACACUAAUUGGAUCAUUCGCACUCUAUCCCUAUUCGGAUACACCCUUCCUCAACCGCCAGCACCAUACCAUCAAUCGAACCUUUAUCAAAAGUAUGCCAAUAUUUUGAGCACUGCGGAUGCUUCUGCACGUGAUUUUGUGCUCAAAGAUCUUACAAUCUCAUUUCCACCUGGACAGGUAUCAAUGGUCACUGGGACGAGGAAGUCCGGCAAGUCAGCGCUUUUGCUGGCUUUGAUUGGAGAAAUGACACGCGUUUCCGGCAAGAUUUACUUGCCACGGAAAGAUUACUAUCAUGGAAAGCAGGGGUACGGUAGCGAUGUUGCAUAUGUCGCGCAGGAUCCUUGGCUCGAGAUUGGUGGGGGUGGAAGCAUCACUGGAAGCUGUACUGGUCGUAGUACUAUUAGGGACACUAUCCUCUUCGGGAAGCCGAUGGAUGAGGAGCAUUAUACGCGGGUUCUCAAUGCUUGCGUGCUUGAAGAUGAGCUGAGGGGUCUUCCUAAUGGGGACAUGACCAUCAUCGGCGAUAAGAACGUGAUCUGGUCUAUGUCGUUAAAGCAACGUAUCUCCUUGGCGCGUGCGGUUUAUUCAGAUGUAUCUCAUGUUCUCAUGGAUGAUUGUUUGAGUUUUGUGGAUGUCAAGAGUCGCCAUUUUAUUUGGAAAAACUGCUUAUUGGGGCCUCUCAUGGAAAACAAAACUCGUAUAAUGGUCACAAACCAGUUCCACAUCAAAACAUACUUGAAUGACGUCGAUUACGUCGUUGGGCUAGACCAGGGCAUAGUCUUGGGCCAUGGAACCGUCAAAGAAGUUCUUAAUCAAGGGUGGAUUAGGCAGGCACCAGGUUCAUCAUCGAUCCCUACAACGAUUGUUCCAGGGGCUAGCGUCCCUGCCAAUAUGGGGCAACUUCCUUCAACGCAGCGACCAUUGUCGGACGCGGGACCCUUCAGCACGCUAACACAAGAUCUGCGGUCUUCAAAAAACACGAAUUUACCACUUAACAAAAUGAGUAGUUUGAGUGAUGUUGACGAUCUCGAUUCUACACUGAGUCGAGAGACUGCUGCCGGAUUUAAAGUCGGCUGGGCUACUUUUACCACAUAUAUCUUUUCGCUGGGUUCGAUUAUUUUCUUGUUGAGUGCUUUUAUGGCUUUAUUUCUGAGCCAAGCGCUCUUUGUUGUCAGGAUCGGAUGGCUAGGAGUGUGGGCUGAAAACGAAGCAUGGGAUGGUGGAGUACUGUUAAAAACCACAAUUGAUCACAGUCAAUACUCCAUUGCGUCUCCAGAAGGCGGAAAUUCGCCUUCCAAGGUGAAUAUCUCACAUUGCGACUACAUUGUGAUCUUUGCGGUUAUGGCGAUCGUUCGCGCACUAUUUGUUAUUGCAAACGCGUUUUUGUUACGAUCAGGAGCCAACACUGGUCUGGAUAGAAUUUAUUCUCGACUUUUGCAGAGUAUUGCCGCUGCACGUCUAAUCGUUUUCGAGGCCAAUAUGGAGAAAGCAGCCUUGUCUUCGCCCGGAGAUGCAGGUGGUCUGUUCUCAAAAGGGACUAUUAACGGCCUCAGAGAAUGCUUUCAACGAGAUCUAAGCGGAUUAGAUGUAAAAUUGGCCAAAGAAUUUUGGCAAUUUUCAGCUGAUUCUUUGGCGGUUAUUUUAAUCCUUACGGUUCUUAUCUGGAUCCAACCAUUCAUCAUUGUCCCUGCUACCAUUAUCUUGUUUAUGCUGGGCUCAGUUGCACUCUUAGGUCUUGGUCUGUCGAAGGAAAUGCACAGGAUGUCAAUUCGAGCAGACCGCAUGAAUAAAGAUCAAUUCAAGCAUACCUUCAGAGGAUUGGCCACUAUCCGUGGCUAUGGGCUUGAACGGCGUGCAAUCAAGGCUGGGAUUGCUCAAUCUGAGGUUUAUUUGAAAACAUCGUACUUUGGAGCUUGCGCAGAUCGCUGGUUGCAUUGGAAGAUUGAUUUGUUGAGCGCAUUCAUCCCAUUCUCAUGCGCCAUUAUGGUCUUGCAGAGGAUCGAAGACUUGAGUCCUGUGCUAGUUGGAUUCUCAUUGUAUCUGUCGUUGCAUUUUAAUGAUAAAGUACUGGAUUCAUUACUUGGUUAUGGAAGAAUCAGGAAUCGGCUUCAGUGGGCACUUGAGAGAACCAGGCGCUACAUCUAUGAGCUGGAGAACAAGGAUAACAAAGAGCCGCCUAGUGUAAUAGUUGGCAAAAGGCCUCCAGCCAAUUGGCCACAUAGCGGAGCAAUCGAAUAUAUCAAUUACUCUUGUAAUCGUUCCAAGGCUGCAAAGCUUGCUUCAACCGUCGAAGCCAUCGGCAAGAUGUCCGUAGUGCCUUCUUCCAUCCCAGCAGCAGCAGUAAUUGCAGAAACAUCAACAUCAGCAUCGGUAAAUCAAAGUGAAGCUGUUGAGGUUCGAUCGCGAGCCUUCAAUGGUGAGCCUCACUCAGCCCAAAGUCAGUCAUCGCAUGCAAAUCAAUAUAUAAAUCAAUACCCGGGCCAAACACAUAAUGCGAGCCAAAGGCCAUAUCAAAGUCCAUCUCCUUAUUCGAGCCAGAGCCAGUAUCCAAAUCAGCACCUGGAUCAGAUCCAGUACCCUAGCAACCAGCCACAACAUCCACACCAACACCAACAUAUUAACCAACCCCAGAUAUCUACCUCUACACCAAAUGACCUCCCAUUAUCUACACAAAGAGAUAGAGGCAAUGUUCGCACCAACACCGGCGUCUCUGAUGUUAAUACUGUCGCCUCUAAUACUAGUCACAUUAGUGCCGCCAGUAUGACUAGUGUAGCUACCAACAACACGGUUGUAGAAAAUCAACACACAUACCCCCUAGUCUCUGAGAAUUCAAUCACUACCUUAAUUCCAUUUACACCAUCUGCGACAUUUUUGUCUACGGAUCCCAAUACAGGAUCCAUUACGGCUCCAAUUAUACGUAGUAAAUCUUCAGCUGUACCCGAUACAGGGGCUCCAUUAGACCAACUUGAGGCGCUAAAUCCAAUAGAAUCGCACGACGAUAUGGCCGAUAGAUACGAUGCGCCAUUACCGCCGCUUCCACCAUCUGCGCUAACAACAGUCGGACCGUCGUCAGAGGCAGCAAUAGGAGCGGCGCUGAAGGAUGUUGACAAUGUGGGAUCUUCCCUUCAAGCUGUUGCAAGAACUCGAAACGGAUUCGGACCAGUCACUUGCAUAAUUCAACCAGGCGAGAAGAUUGCGGUUUGCGGUCUGUCAAAGAGCGGCAAGAGCACUUUUGUUCAGAGUCUGUUCCGCAUCUGGGACACAGCUGAAGAGGAUCGCGUUCGCGCUGCGCAUGCUGUUAAGAUGGCAAAUCUUCCCGCUAUUACUACCAAAAUUACUGCCGCAAGUUCAGCAAAUACAACAAAUGUAGUUAAUCUGUCAACUUCGUCAGCUGCAAAAAGGUCGCCCUUGAAAAUUUUCACUCGGAGCAAGGCCAAGGCAUUUCAAGAGCCGUACCCGGAUUUGGGUAUGAUCAAGGUAGAUGGCUUGGACAUUACACAAAUGGGUCUCGCCGACUUGAGAUCCCGUAUUGCAUAUUUGUCUCAACGCGGAACUGUAUUUGCUGGCACCGUACGUUUUAAUCUGGAUCCAUAUGGUGAGCAUGAGGAUGCAGAAUUGAACGAUAUUCUCAAGACAUGCUUCCUAAGCGAUCGACUCAAAUUGGACACAGAACUCGUCACGCCAGCAUCAGCAAAUAUAUCCUCCGUUGUUUUUGGAUCUACUGAGUUGACUACAGUGAACACCUCGAAAUCCUCGUCUAGGAUUGCAAAAUACAAAAGACAGCUUUUCAAAAAGAAUCAGAUUAAACCUGGAUACGAUAGAGGCAAAAACAAAGGCAAGGGAAAGAAACAGAACGUUAGAGAUAUAGCUUCCGCACCAGCCACUGUUGGAAUGACAUCAGGUUCCACCAUACAGGCUGCUAUGACAGGAGGUGAUAUCUCUGAGGUAAAUCAACGCCUCCUAGACGAGGGGCCUGAAGGAACAUCCCAAGUCUAUGGAAAUGACUCAGAGGAUGAGGAGGAUGAUUCCAGAGUAGAGCUAGACACUAAUGAACGGCAGCUACUCAGCCUUGCACGUAUCCUGGUCCGACGACCCAAUGUGGUGAUUCUAGACAAUGCAGCGUCUAAAGUUACGGACUUGACGGCACAGAGGUUGGAUCAGAUCAUCUUUCAGGAACUCAAACAUGCAACAAUCCUUUCAAUUGGACACCGGUUGGACCAGAUUGUGGCUCGGCACAACAGGAUUCUAAUGUUGGAACAUGGCAGAGUUGCAGAGUUUGAUUCUCCUUUAGUAUUGCUUAACAAGCCCAACGGUGCAUUUAGAGCCAUCUGCAACCCUAAUGGACCGAACUUUUCAUCGCUUGUAUCUCUCGCAAAGAAGCUGCAACAACAUCACCAAUAGUAGAUGAAGUAUAAUGAACAGUGGAAUCAAUUAUCAACACUUUAGUGUCAUCGUUCUGGGCGUUGGUUUCUUUUGCUCGGAAUUCAUGAAUAUUUAUGCUAUUGUUUAAUAUUUGGUUCACACUCUGCAUUGAAACCGCGAAUAUAGCAACGAGGUGGUGCUCCCUGUUUAAGCAAGGAUGUCAUAGCUUUCACAUCAUUGAAGGAACGUUUAGAACUAGUCUACCUCCUUAAAUAAUAAUAUCAACUCUCCAAUGCUCG